AUGCCUUCAGGCGAGUCCAUCCCGCUACCACUCAUUCCUCAACCGCCGGAAAAAUUCCCUUUCGAACUCAAAGAGGAAUCCGAUUUUGAUCAACUUGUUUCUCCUGAUGGUCUUGUCUCCAUCUGCGGUUUCGGUUCUCUCCUCUCUGAGAGGAGCGCGAGGAGUACAUUUCCGCACUUGAUAAACUUCAGAAUGACGAAAUUGAGUGGCUUUCGGAGAGUUUUUGCUCAUGAGAUAUCAAGCUUGAGUGUGGAGCCAUGUGAAGGUGAAAUCCUUGUAGUUACUACUUUUGAGAUUCAGAGAUCAGAGAUACCAGCCUUUAUUGGAAGGAAGCAUGAGUUCCAGUUUUUAGCAGUGAUACCAGAAACAUUUAAUGGGUUGUUUUAUACGACUCCAGCGGUAUUAUGUGCACGUUAUAGUGAUGAAGAGUAUUUUGAAAACAAGUGCAAAGGAAGCGAAGAGAUCUUUCAGCGGUAUGGACGAUAUGGCAUAGACAAAAUUUGGGUAGACAAUAUCUUACCUUGCCGAGUUUAUCUCAGGCACUGUGUCUUGGCAGCAAAGAACCUUGGUGAUCUGGCCUACGAUAACUUCUUGGAUCAUACUUUUCUUGGGGACCGUAAAACGACCAUUCGUGAGUACUUGGCCACUACUGGUUCGGGCAUAAUGGAAGAGGAGCCUCCUGUACUGCUAAACCAUGACUUGAUUCACUUGCCUCAGGCCAAUAACUUCUCCUCUUCAGUUAUUUCCGUUACUGCAGUCUCUUCUUCUUCCUGGUUUUGGAUAUUAGCCUUGUCCUCCGGCCUUUGGAGCUCCUUCUCAAGUUCAUACCACAACUCACACUCGGAGAUAUCCUCAAGGGUGGAUGCAGCAGCGACUUCAUCCACCCGAAUGAGAUUUUCCUCUUCAUCAAAUACAUAUUGUCCUGAUUAA